AAACUAUAUAUUUUUCAGGUGGGGUGUCAUGGCUUGACAACAGAGAAAGUGCACAGCCGAUGAUUUGUGUCCUGGAGCAGAAGUUGUGGUUUGUGUGUGUGCAUGCUUGUACAAAGUUUGGCUGGGGUGGUUCCACUUCUGCUUUCUGUCACAAGGACAAAUUGCCUCCUCUGCUGCACAAAAGCCACACCGGUUCCAGCUGGACAGCUCGGGAGUUUUCUCUUUGCAGCCGCCAGUGAGACCCCCUCGUGCCCUCUUCUUGGCUGGGGAUGGCCCAAGGAGUGACCUAUGCUGACCUGAGGUUUGUGAAAAAGCCUCCCAGGAAGAAGGUCCCACAGCAAGGGACUGGAGCCGAAGAUGGGGAGCUCACCUAUGAGAACAUCCAGGAGUCCAGCAGGCCCCAUCAGGCGGAGGAGCCCCCAAGCACCCCCAAAGGGGAGGCAGGCUCAGGCCGCUGGAGCUGGAAAGCCGGCCUGGCAGUGCUGACCGCCACCCUCCUCCUCCUCCUCCUCCUGGCCACCGCCAUAGGACUCGGGGUCCGAUACUGGCAGGUCUCUGGGCAGCUCAGGUGGGCAUCCCAAGCACGUGCGGAGCUCAGCAGCGCCCAGGAAGGGAGCCUGGCCCAGAUGGAGGUCCAGCUGCACCGGGCCAAGGAGGAGCUCAACUCCACGCAGAAGGCCCUUUGGAGGAGCCAGGAGGCCACCAGAAAGACUCAGAAGCAGCUCCAAGAAGCACUGGAGGAGGCCAACCACACCCUGGAGACCCUGAAGCAGAAGGAGGAAGAGCUGCAACGGGCAACGUCCUGCCAGCAGACUGGCUGCUGCCCCUCUGGCUGGAGGCUCUUCCGCUGGAGGUGCCUCCUGGUCUCCGAGCAAGAGAAGAAUUGGGAAAACAGCCAGAAGGACUGUCAAGAGAGGGCGUCCCGGCUGCUGGUCCUGAAGGAGCCCUUGGAGGCCACAGCACUGGAGGCUGUGAUUCCUUUGUCAUGGCAGCAGUACUGGAUCGGGCUUAAAAAAGAAAACAAAGUGAUCGUCUGGGGCCCCUGGGCCUGGAUUGACAAUUCCCCUUUCUCUUGGGACCUUGGAGAAUGCAACAAUAAUGGCUACUGUGGGCGACUGAGGCAGGGGUCCCUCCUGCAAUGCAGCUGUGGAGGGAAGUCCAGGUACAUCUGUGAGCAGCCCGCCCUCCCCAUGCAGGUGGCCUAGGCUCCUUGA